AUGUUCAACCUAAUAAAAAGAAAGAAAAUAAAAGGAUAUGUGAUGCAGGAGACAGUUACUGACGGUACAAACGAACUUAGGAUCGAUACUGCUGUUAAGACGGACGCCAGGAUAUCGAAGAAUAGACCCGAUAUCCAACUCUACGACAGGAGAAAUAAAAGGAUAUUUAUAGUCGAAGUCGGAAUCACGUGUCCAACUAAGGUUUCAGAUACGGAAUCUUAUAAGCAAAGGAAAUACGAUGUCCUUGCAAAAGAAUUAUGCUGCAUCCAUAAUAUGCCAGCAUGCACCGUUCCAAUAGUAUAUUCUUGGGAUGGAUUAGUUACAAAAUACCACGCGAAGCACCUAGAGAAAAUAGCUUUGCCCACAAAAAUCAGAGCCUACAUGCAGACUAGAGUACUACGUACCACCUUCGAUUCGGUAACUCACGAUCGAAGAAGAGGAGUUGAAGAAAGAGCUCCAGAAGAAAAACUGGAAGACAUCCUCGAAAGGUUCCUCGGAAACCUCGACAAAGAGGAAGAAGUGGAAAACUGGCUCGAAUUCUCUCGCGACCAAGUAAUAAGGAUUAGGAAUAUAAUAAAACGUCGGAGAACCGCUGCUUCUAGAAGGUCUGAAGGCCCCCAAAACCUAGGGAACACAACAGUUCGUAGGAUCUGCAAGGGUAAUGUAGAAUAA